AUGGCUGAAGACAUCAUCCAUCCCCAAGUAGCACCUCCAAAUGCACCACAAUACCAUUUUCCAGGAUGGUAUUACUACACCCCCGAGCCCUACCACACAACGUCAAUUCCGAAACAUGCCCGACACAUGCCUGCACCCUUGAAGGCGGCUCAGCAUGCAGUACGCGAUCUCACACAUCCGUAUGCAGACGGCUAUCCCCUUCCCUCUCCGCACACGGACAUUCGCGAGUCGAGGUCUGCCUAUUACCUCGACGUCGAACUCCCUGGACUCCGCGACAAGAAAGACGUGCGGCUGAAGUGGACCGGUGCUCGAUCUCUCUUCAUUGAAGCAUAUAUUCAGCCGCAACCACUUCCUCAGCAGGCCUCGAAGCCGUCGUCUCCAGAACCAUCUCCUGCAGGACCAUCGUCGGAGAUGCAAACAGCCGCCCAGCAUGAAGUGGACAAAAAUGAGGAAGAGACGACUCAUUACCUAAAGAAGGAGAGAAAGACUGGCCAGUUCGCAAGGGCCUUUAACUUUCCGGUGGACAUCAAGCAGGACGAGACCGUGGCUAAGCUAGCAUUCGGGGUUCUUACCAUCAUGGUUCCCAAGAAGGAGAAGGAUAGCGAGGAGAAGCACAAGGAGGUUGCCAUCGAACAUGCGGGCCACUGA